AUGGCGGAGCGACUGGAGCAGAGCUACUGCGUCAAAUUUUGCCAGAAACUGGGUGACAGCCAAAUGGAAACUAUUCGAAAGAUUCAGACGGCUUUCGAUGAUGAUGCUAUGGGCAGCACACAGAUUAAGGAGUGGUACAAUCGGUUUAAAGAUGGCCGUACAUCGGUGGAGAGCGAGCCACGCUCUGGUCGGCCCUCAACAUGCCGAAAUGACCAGGUCAUUGCCGAAAUGAACGCUGUGGUGAUGAGGGACCGUCAUGUGACUAUCCGAGAAAUUGCGGAAAAGGUGGGCAUGAGCACUUUUUCUGCGCAUUCCAUUAUGACCGAAGAUUUGGCCAUGAAGAGAGUUGCGGCGAAAUUCGUGCCGAAGCUGCUCACGGUGAAGCAAAAGCAACUUCGUGUUGAAGUCUCACAGGACAUGCUGGAUUCCACAAACAGUGACCCCGUCUUCAUGAACACCAUAAUCACUGGUGACGAGUCUUGGGUGCACGGGUGCGCCUCGGAAACCAAAUCCCAGUCGUAUCGGAAAGCGUUCUUCCUCAAGCACAAGCGGUUAUAG